AUGGCCGAGCACGACUUGACGAAAACAAUAAUUCCUUACCUCGACCGCCACCUUGCCUUCCCUCUUCUUGCUCACCUUACCGAGACUGCGCUGUUCCCUGAGGACGAAGUCCAUGCAGCACAGUAUGAACUUGCAAAGGGCACGAACAUGGUUGACUACUCUAUCGCCUUAUUCGAACAACUUCAUCCAGAUCAAGAGGUCCCGCAAGAAUUCGCAAGCAAGCGAGAGAAUGCGCUCUCAACGAAUGAGCGAUUAGAACAGGAUGCACAAGCGGUUCUGGACGUGAUCGAAAACCCGGACGUUGCACAGGCCCUACGACAAGACAAAAUGCAGAAUUUACAGUAUUUGAAGGAUCAUUACAAUCUAACUCUUGAACAAAUCAACGCAUUGUAUCACUUUGGCCAAUUCCAAUAUUCGUACGGAAAUUAUAGUGGUGCUGCUGACUACCUGUACCACUUCCGUGUCCUGUCUACCGACAACGACCUCCACCUUUCUGCACUGUGGGGGAAGCUCGCUUCUGACAUACUUACGGGGAAAUGGGAUAUUGCACUUGAGCAGCUCAACGAGCUCCGGGAGCUCAUUGACUCCCGCACGCCAGCGCCCUCGCUCACGAACUCCGCAGAGGGUGCGAUGCUCGGUCAACUGCAAGCUCGCACAUGGCUUUUGCACUGGUCGCUAUUCGUGUAUUUCAACCACAGCCAAGGACGGACGCUCCUCCUUGAGACGUUCCUUGCACCCGCAUACCUUAACACCAUACAGACCUCAUGUCCUUGGAUUUUACGAUACCUCGCGACUGCUGCCGUGCUUUCUCGUAAGGCCGGUGCGGCGGGUGGAACGACUUCCUCCCGUGUACGGCAUUCGUUGAAGGAGAUCGUGAAGAUCGUGCAGACGGAGGAGUAUCAAUAUAGUGAUCCUAUCACGAAUUUCCUCAAGGAGCUUUAUUUGGAAUUCGAUUUCGAGGCUGCACAACGCGAGUUGACGACAGCUGUCCAAGUCGUCGAGAACGAUUUCUUCCUCCAGGAGUUUAAGGACGAGUUCUUAGAUAAUGCGAGGUACCUCAUUAGUGAGGCGUAUUGCCGGAUUCACCAUAAAAUUGACAUCGCGGACUUGUCGGAACGCCUAAACCUCUCCCGCGAGGAAGGCGAGAAAUGGAUCGUAAACCUUAUCCGCGAGACACGCAUGGGUGCAGAUGCGAAGAUCGAUCUUGAGAAGAACGUCAUCGAGAUCACCCGCCCACCAGUCCCAGUUUACCAAUCUGUCAUUGAGAAGACACGCGGCCUGGCAUUCCGUACACAGGCCAUUGGUGCGGCAUUGGAGAAAUCGGCAGUAGAAAAACCUGCGCAGGGAACUGAAGGGCAGCCGGCUGUUGUUGAGGGUGCACGAUGAUUUUUUGUUUGUUCUACUGCAGCGUGAUGGUUCUCGUGGUUGAUUAUCUUUGAGGGGUUCUAUGCACGCAAUAUUUGACUCCUAAAAGUAAACUUACGUUUGUGUGUACACUGUUGUACCUGCUUUCGAUCUGUAGCUGCCCGUUGUUCCCUCUGUGCUUGUCUGAUUUGCCUUACACGUUUGCAUGCAUACAUAGAGAUGCACAGUGAGCUUUGUUGCCCAACGAUAAAUCGUAAUGUAUGGGCUUGUAGUAGAACAUACAUCUUUUAUCUUAUUUUCUGUGUAUGAGUUAUCUUGCCAUUUCUUCAUAAUU